ACGUCCGAGGUUGCUCGCGAGGCGAGAUGCAAUCGUUAUAAUUACUUCCGAAUUAAAACUCCUUUAGCGGGAAUAGGUGCUCCAAUUUAUCAUCGCCCCGGACAAUCCCGGGUCGACGAUUUCACCGAUGGAACUGAUCUUUCAUCAGUGGCAAGUCCAGUCAGGGGAAUAAUGACGUAUCGAAAACUUGGCCGAGCAACACGGAUGAUGCAAGUCCUCCUCUCUGUAUAUAAAAGGGAAGUGUCGUGUCAGUUUUCAAGUAUAGUCAAGUUCAGUCGCUCGCGCGGUCCGACUUAACCGUCGCUUUGGAUUAGGAGCCUCGUCUGAAAUUAAUUUAAACCAUCCCAUUUUGGAGUAGUCAUGGCCGACUCGGUGUUCCGCACCCGUUCUCUGGGAACCGCAGCGGAAGGUUUGAGAGACCAAUAUGCUGACGGCAAAGCCGCCAAAGUCUGGGAAGUCUUCAUAGGCGACAAGAAGGAGAGGACGCAGAAUUACAGGGACUUCUUGGUGGGUCUCCUGAGGGAAAAAGGAUGCCGCCGAAUCCUGGACGUGGCCUGCGGAACGGGAGUGGAUUCCGUCAUGCUACUCGAGGAAGGAUUUGAGGUCGUCAGCGUGGAUGCGUCCGAUAAGAUGCUGAAGUACGCCCUGAAGUCCAGAUGGGAACGGCGGAAAGAAGUCGCCUUCGAUAACUGGAUAAUCGAGGAGGCUAAUUGGCUGACACUGGCAGAUGACAUCAGUGACAUCAUAGGCGAUGGUUUCGACGCUGUCAUUUGCCUGGGUAACAGCUUCGCUCACAUGCCCGAUUCUUUCGGCGACCAAAGGGAGCAGAAACAAGCAUUCCGGAAUUUCGAGCGCUGUGUAAAGCCUGGUGGCCUGUUACUGAUAGAUCAUAGGAAUUACGAUUACAUCAUUUCCACGGGAGAUACACCGUCAAAGUGCAUAUACUACAAUAGUAAGCACAUGACCGACAUAAAAACCUCCGUCCUGUACGUGUGCGGCAAGCCCACCAUCGUUACCCUGGAUUACAUGAUAUCCUUGGAUAAUCAGGGAAACGUGGAUGUCAGCGAAUUCCGUCUGUCAUACUACCCUCACCGGCUGAACGUGUUUCGCAAUAUGAUCUCCCAAGCCUUCGAUUUCCGAGCCAAACACACCAUCUACGGAGAUUUCAAACCUCUCGACGAGAUCCAGAGUCCCGGGUUCUAUAUCCACGUGUUAGAGAAGCCUAUGUAGGGCCCCGCGUGGAUUCCUCUGUAAACAAAAAAUACGUUAUCCUUGAUAAGGAACUUGAAUCAUCGGGGCAAGAAGUCAUCACUGCGAGGGUUCUCCGAGGAGGGACAGGAAGAACCAGGAAGCAUCUGCACGGAUGCAUUCCCCGGGAAAAGAAUCACUGUCAAUGCCGAUUGACGAAUUAUCUAUUGACUUUACGUAUCCACUUUUUAUUUCUUACUCGCCAAUCGGGCCCAGAUAUUCUUUAUAGUAGGCGCGUGCAUUGCCGAAGACGAUCUCGAAGAGCUCGGCAGGAUUCCUUUUGCGAGAUUAGUACCUAUCUUCAUUACCGAAGCAUUUCGACUUCACGUUACGAAAAUACAGCCGCGAUAAUAGGGUAGGUUUGCGGUAAAUCAGUGCAAGACCUUUGUCCUUGAUAACGCGUCUUGACGUUAUUGUAUACACUUCGAGGAUGUUUUUGGCCAUAAAAUAUAAUACACGAAGAAGCAAAAAA